GUUCAUCCACGUAACUUGAAAAUCUACUACGUCUGACAGGAAGUCGUCACCACGCUGUUACGUCACUUUACUCCAACACGGAAGAGAUCGUCAUCCUAAAAACUACCGUUUUAAGCCAGAACAUGUCGUGGAUAAGGGAAGGUGAAUUAAACCUGCUUGAAAAGAUUUCAGCCAAUAUCCUGAAGGCUGGACCCAUGCCUAAACAUGUGGCCUUCAUCAUGGAUGGUAACCGUCGCUUUGCACGUAAAAAAAACAUGGAGCGCCAGGAAGGGCAUAUGCAGGGCUUCAACAAGCUGGCAGAGACAUUACGUUGGUGUAAGCAUCUGAACAUCCAAGAGGUUACAGUGUACGCCUUCAGCAUCGAAAACUUCAAGCGCUCUAAAAACGAGGUGGAUGGACUAAUGGAGCUGGCCAGGCAGAAAUUUGAAAAGCUGUUGGAGGAACGGGACAAUCUGGAGAAGCAUGGUGUGUGUAUCCGGGUGCUGGGUGACUUGAAUAUGCUGCCACUCGACCUCCAGCAGCUGAUUGCCAAAGCUGUGGUCACAACCAAGGCUCACAAUAAAUGUUUCCUGAAUGUGUGCUUUGCCUACACGUCAAGAUAUGAAAUCACUAAUGCGGUCCGAGAAAUGGCCUGGGGAGUGGAGCAGGGCCUGAUCAAAGCAAGUGAUGUUUCAGAGCCAUUGCUAAGUGAGUGUUUGUACAGCAGUAAUUCUCCCAAUCCUGAUCUGCUUAUCCGCACCUCUGGAGAGGUGAGACUCAGCGACUUCCUUCUUUGGCAGACUUCCCACUCCUGUCUAGUGUUUCAGUCAGUUCUGUGGCCGGAGUACUCAUUCUGGAACCUGUGUGAUGCCAUUCUUCAAUAUCAAUUAAAUCACAAAUCCAUUCAGAAAGCCAGAGACGUCCAUCGAGAGCAACAGGCCUUACAGCAGCUAGAGGCGGAUCGUGCCUGUGUAGCAGAGCACCUGCAGCAUCAUGGGAAUGGAAAGCCUGCUGACGCCCAGAGAAGACAAGAGGCACUGCUGCAUUACACCACCUGCCGGGAAGAACGCAUUCAGGACUUCCUAGAAGCACUAAAGCACAAGAGAGACUCUUUCUUUAAUGACUUAUGGAGCGACGCCAUCUUGGCCUAGGAAGCCUCCAAACAAACGCCAUGUUAAAGUGGGGAUGAAACCUCUCCUGUCCUCUUCCCUAAAGGGUUUCGAUGGAAAAAGGGAAGAGUGAACAGUAACUGGGAAUGGUUUCACUGUGUUACUGAUUUGUACAAGACGAAGGCAAUUUUACCCCUAUGGGGCUGUAGAAUAAUUGGUAUUUAUGAUUGUAGAUUUAAAAAAAAAAAAGUCUAAUACAUGUCUGGUCAAGAUAUAGUUAAGUAAUUGUGUAAAGUGUGUUUCAAAUGCAUGCCAUUGAUUGGAAGAUCAAAUUAUAUGAGUAAAAGCCAGGGAUCCUGUGUUUUGGAAACGUUCCCAAAGCAGCCGUCCAGAAUAAAAUGUCAGUACAGUUUUGCAUUUUUGUUGUGGCUCAAAGAAAGUGUUUGUUGAGUGUGAUGAUGGGUGUGAUAUUGAUGGCAUAACUAGAUUUUGACCAGCUUUCUUAAACAGAAUAAAGCGAUUGCUGUAUGUCAAAAUAUGA